AUAUAUUAUCUAAUAUCUAUUCUUGAACGCGAUUAUUAUAAUCUGUUGCAACUCGCAAAUUCGUUUGCUCUAGAGUUGUCAUUUCGAUAAUUUCAUUUCGUACGCCUCGCUCAAGCGAUUUUUCUUAAAAAUAAAUAGUUAAAAUAAAAACUUAAAAUGGAUGUCUUUUUAAUGAUUAGGCGAAAAAAGUUAACCAUCUUCACAGACGCAAAGGAUGCUACGACUGUACUAGAAUUGAAGAAAAUGAUCGAAGGCAUCCUGAAGGUGCCUCCUGCCAGCCAGAUGCUGUUCAACAAAGACAGCCAGCUAAUGGAGGAUGAGAAGACCCUGGCUGAGUAUGGACUGACAUCUAACGUUGCUAAGGCACAGUGCCCCGCGCCCAUUGGACUUGCUCUCAGGAAGGAGAAUGGUGAAUUCGAGGCAUUGGAUCUGACUCCUUACUCUUCGCCCCCGGAUCUGCCAGACGUCAUGAAGUCACAGGAAACCAACGGACAGGAACAGAUGGACCAGCACUAAUCGACUAAAUUGUGAUCGCGCACGGAACAGAUACCAACGCCAUCCGUGUAUCACAUACGUUUUGUAAUAUUUAGUUCAGCGAGUUUGAACUAACCCGCUCAUCGCGCAGUAAGGCAGCGCGCACACUCGCGACAAACGCGCGAAGGGAACGCGGCACAGCCCCACGGGUCACACCGCGAGGGCAUUCGAUAAACAUCUCUCUCACUCGUCUGUGAUUUGUCGAAACACUCGACGGAUUAAUUUAAUUCUACUCAUUUAUUUCAUAGUUUUAAUUACAGUGAUUAUAGCUGGGUAGCUGAUGAAUUAAAGAAUAUCAUAACGUAGUUGAUACUUUUAACUUAGCGUCGCGAAUGGAUUAUUGUGUUUCCACAAAUCAGGGGCGAUUUUCUACUGUUUUCGUUCACGCGCGAAAUUUUUAUUUUUUUAUUAGUGCAAUUGAAAUGUAAGUCAUUCAUACUUAUUUCUUAUAAUAUAAAAAUAUUUAAAUGUUUUUCCAUUAAUAGCAAAUUCGUCGUGUAACAAUAUAAUCUUAGGUAUGUUAGCGACAUUUUCCAAUAUUAAGCGUAUCAAUUUCGAAUGAAUCUAUAGUUUAGUCGAUGAACUGCGCUGGGCUUGUAUCAUUUUGGUAUUUUUGUAACGUCUAAAUAAUGUGUACCGGGCUAUACUAUAGUUUGAUUAAAUAUGCCUUCUUUGUGUAAAUAUCCUUCGACAAUAGUCUAUACCACACAUUUUUUAUCGACAUUAGUCGAUUUUUAAAAGCUAUAGUAGAUUCGAAAAAGCGCACGUUCGCGCGUCCUCAAUCGAUAGUGUGAGCGCAGCUCUACAGCACGCGGGCGACACAUGGAUUAUAUAUUUUUUGCAUAUAAACAUAUUUUGUUAAUAAUUUAUCGAUAUAUUGUGUUCAACUUAAACGUUCUGUUGUCUCCACGUUUUCUUUGUAGUCAUUUUGUGAUGCUUUGUAUGAUGGAACAUGUCGCUUUUGUAUUUCAAUGUACGAAAUGAUUUUAUCGUUUAUUCACGCCUGACAUCUCGUUAUGUCACGCACCAUCUGCCGAAGGCUGUAUGUUGAGGUUUGUGCGGGGCGUAUACGGCUCAAGACUUCAAGAAUAUGUCCCUCCUCUCCUAGGACAUCUUUUCUUUCGUACCAUAGAUCAUACUAUACAUGUAUAGUUAUCAUAUGUCAUACUCAUGUAACGUUUUCUGGCUUAAAUUCGAUAUUAAAUUCUCAAACAAUAAUUUCGAUAGAUAUCUGAGGCUAUGUAUAGUCGUUUGAAGAAAUCCCAUCGUCCCUAUUAACGUUCUAUGAUGUUCAAUUUUAUAUAUUAAAGCGACCUACGACUUGUACAUUACGCAUUUCACUUUUCGAUUGCAUUAUAUUUUUCCCGGAAUCACAGGCGGAUUCAGGAAUUCGUUUUUUCAAAUUUGCAUCAAUUUAAGUUUGGCUUUCAUCAUGAUGAAUACUUUUGUUACGUUUGAACAGUAAAGCAUUUAACUGAAUUUCACUUUAAUGUACAUAAUGAAUGAAGGCAGGGGAGGGAUGUCGAAGAUACAUCGAUCCUAUAUCUAUAACAAGAAUUCCUGAAUUCGCCUCAAUCAAGCAACUUUACCGUAAGCUAAUCAUUAAAAAGAAUUCAUUGUAAAUUAAGGAAAAACCGCAUUGAAAACAACGUAAUCCAUAAAACGCUUCGAUGCGCACGUGGCGUGUUUUUUAUAUAAAAAAAAAACUUUGUAAAACGUUACCAUUUUACGUCAUCUCUUUGUGAAGAUGGAGCGCUAUAAAAUAGUUUUUUUUUAAAGUCGACGUGGUCUUAACUCGACUUAACAAACUCGAGUCAAACUUGUCGUUAUGAAAAAAACGUGUAAAAACAUUUUGUUACUAACUAAUGCGAUGCAGCUUUUUAAUAGCUUGACGCUUUGUUUUUUUUUCUAAAUUGUAAGUCACGCCGUCUGUCUGUCUGUUUGUUGUGUCUAUUUGUGACAUUAACAUCAUCAAAUGACUUUCUAAAUUGAUUAACGUACCAGACUGUUUAAAAUAUAAUCUCAUUUAAUAAAAUAAAUUCAAGUUAAAAACAGAAUACAUGUUUUGUUAUGUUUGUAUUUUUAUACUUUUUUAAUAUGCAAUUGGCACUCUAAACAGGCAGUUUUAUCUAUCACCGUUGACAAAUGUACCACAGAUUGUAAUAAAUAAUGUUACCGAAAAGCAGUGGUGUGUAAAAGUAACAUUAGCAGAAACAUUAGGCACCAUGUCGUAAAAUCAAUUUUAUAGCGUCUAACAUAUUUUUUUUUAAUACUUACCAUGUUGUAUUAUGGAUUUUAGCACGCUUAAAUGAACACACAUGGAUCCUUGUUUCCCUUGAGGCUGUUUAAAGAUAAGAUACACCGCUUUUUAAUGCCACACCACCGCUGUAACAUAUCGGAUCUCAAUUAUUAUUGCAACCGUUUUGACCAUUCUUCCAGAACACGUGUACCCGUCAAAUGUGUUUUUUUUUUAUUAACAUUACUGUAUUUAACUAAUAAUAGUAUAGUAUUGAUAGAUAGUAGAUAAUUUAAUAGGGGGUAUUUUAGGGGCUUUUUUUAUAAUGUACCAAUCCGUACGGAUCGAAUGUUUGUCUGCUGCCAGUGUUAAAUUUUAGCGGCCGGUACCUCUCAGCCGAUUUGGUUCACCUUCAAAAAUUAUAUAAUAAGAUAUUCUGUAUAUUUUGUUUGCCUUUUUAUGAAAAUGCAAUUUAUCAUAGGGACAGAUUCAUAUUUCGAUUAGAUUAUUAUAACGCGGUGCAUAGACAACAAAUAGUUUCAUUAUAUUUCGGGGUUGAAUUUCUACCAAAUAUAUGUAUUUUGUUUAAUUUUCACAUAUUUAAAUCCAAAAAUGUUAGGAUAGUUGGAUAUUAAUCGAUAUUGCACUUUACUGCACUAAAAUAGGAUAGAAAAUUGAAGCAUUUCGUGAGUUUUCAUGACCGUUUUUGCCGCUACACUGGUCGUGGCAAUAUUCACUUGCGAAAUAAAUGUGAUUCUGAAGAUGUGUACUAUCUUUGCUGAACCAGUUGUGGUGGCGGCCGGGUUUCCGAGCUAGUCGAUCGAAACAACCGUGUUAGAAGUUACUUCUCACCACACUAUACUAUUUAAAGUUUGCUGGUACAAGUCCUAAUGUGGAAGUAUGCGGCAAUAACAUAUUAUAUUAAACAUGUAUUUAUUCGUUUUUUACAUUAAGCGAUUUUAAUCUAAUGUUUCAGUGUCGGGAAGGUUUUCUGUAAUAAUGUAUAAAACUUAGACAAAGAAAACCUAGUGUAGUGUUACAUGUGCAAGGAUGGCAAAUAUACAAAUGAACCAGCAAAAAAUAAAAGCUGUUUUGAUUUGUU